AUGAGUCUUCAUCUUAUAGCUCUUGUUGCGAGUCUUUUCGAAGACAAGAACAUGAAAGCGUGCCACAUUAUGCUGGAGUUUGCUUUAAGGGACAAUGACGUGGACUUGAUGACUAGUUUGUUAGAGGUUAUAGACCCGCACACCAUUGAUGUAGACGGGAAAAUCUACACUUCGAGGAAUAUUCUGAUUGCAGUCGGUGGACAUCCCUUCAUACCCGACAUUCCAGGAAGAGAGUAUGCAAUUGAUUUUCCUUCCAACGCUAAGAAGAUUGCUAUCGUCGGUGGUGGAUACAUCGCCCUGGAGUUUGCGGGCAUAUUUAACGGUCUUAACAUUGAAGUUCAUGUUUUUAUAAGGCAAAAGAAGUUCAGGGAUUUUGUUGGCGAGCAGAUGUCUUUGAGAGGCAUUGAGUUCCACACGGAGGAAUCACCUGAAGCCAUCAUCAAAGCUGGAGAUGGUUCGUUGUCUCUGAAGACCAGCAAGGGGACUGUUGAUGGGUGCAUGCCUAGCAGUACCAGAAGCAACAAGGAAAAAAAACUGCUAUUCUCAGACCCUGCUCGCUUAGAACGCUCGAUCCGCAAAGAGAUACGCACCGCAUCAAUCGACAUCAAUGCUUGUUCAUUGACCGAUACUCGCAUUCCAGCGUCGACCGAGAAUCUUCAACCGUCGACCGACACUCUUCACCCGACAUCAAUCGACACUUCAUCUAGAACAUCGAUUGAUACUCAACCGCGAGACAUGGUUGCGACUUUUAUUCUAACCCAAUAUGAGAAUGGAGACAUGUAUGACCUGGAAGGUCAUCUGCGUAAUGCAGCAGGUCAAGAGAUAGAUGAUCAGGGGGCUGAAUCCCUGAUCCUGAAGCUGAGGCUGCUACAACUGCUGCUCAAGCUGUACAGGAAGCUGCUCGCAUCAGAACGUUGA